AUGACGCGCGUCGCGUUAUCGCUCGCGCUGACGAUAUCCCUGCUCGCGGUCGUCGCGGCGGCACUGACCUACGAUGACGUCGCGGAGGCGUCCCGUUAUCUUCGAAUCUACGGCUUUCUGGAGAACGAGGAGAAUCAUCAGCAGUCGUCGCUAUUGGACAACGCGACCGCCCUAAGCGAAGCGCUAUCAUUGUUUCAGGAAUACUAUGGCCUGCCGGGAAACGGCGUUCUGGCCGUGGAAACGAUUCGCGUCAUGCGCAGGCCGCGAUGCGGCGUCGCGGACAUUCACGCUUACAGCCCGUUGACGAGAAAGUGGUCGAGGACGCAUCUCACGUGGAACUUCAAAUUAGCGAACAGAAAUACUCUGCGCACGACUCAGAGCGCGUUCGCUCUCGACAACGGGGGCUCGUGCCCGUCGCCGUUCGCGGGACCGGGAUCGGUCGUCGCUCACGCGUUCUUUCCGACGGGAGAGCCCAAUCAAGUGACCGAGGUGCACGUCGACGAGACGGAGCCGUGGUACAUCACGCUGACCAGGCCCUCGUCGGACAGGCUGUAUCUCUUUCAGACGCUGACGCACGAGAUCGGCCACACUCUGGGUCCGACUCACAGUAUGAGGGAAGAUUCGGUCAUGUAUGCGUACACGCCUUCGGAGGAAAGGCGAUAUCCGCUCAGGCUGAGCAUAGAGGACGUCAUAAACGUGCGAAAUCUCUACGGAUCGAGAGAGACGACGAUCCGAGAGAAUCCUACGAUCGUCGACGCUACUCCGACGACCGCGGCGACGACUACGACGACGACGACGACGACGACGGCCGCGGCGCCGCCGACGGCCGCGAGGACGGUUAAGCCGCCGCUCGCUCCCUCCGAUACCGCGGAUCUAUGCGCCUUGAAGCACGUAGACGGAGCGCUAAUCAUGAAUCGUCGCUUGUACGUCGCGCGUAAACGCAACGUGUGGCCCGUCGAUAUGAGGGAGAGACGCUACGGAGCGCCCUUCUCGUUCGCCGACUACUUCAAGUUCCUCCCCCGCAAUCUCACUCGCGUAUCGGCCAUGUAUCAGAGACCCUCGGGCGAUAUCGCGAUAUUCGCCGGCGACUACGUCUACCUCGCCGAUUCGAAUUUUCAUCUUAAAGCGGGAUGGCCUAGAUCCGUCGAAUACGUCGGAUUUCCCCGCGACGCUAGGAUAAACGCCGCGAUAAACACGCACGCCGGGCGCAGCUACGUCAUAUACAACGACGAUAAAAUAGCUGAGAUAAACGACUGCGCGAUGACCGUCGCGAGGCACGGCGCUCUGCGGAAUACGUUUUCCGGGAUACCAUCCGCGAUAACGGCUGCCUUCCGCCACGUCGGAAAUCUCUAUUUUCUGAAGAAACGCGAGUAUUACGCGUACAGCGAGUUCAUCGACGCGAUAAUCUCGGUCGGUCCCUUCGAUCUUAGUAUACUGGGAAUAGAAUGUCCAGCCGAUGGCAUUCUGCAUUGA